AUCUCUUAGUCGAGCUCUCUCGACAAGUGCAUGCUGACUUGUUGUUGCUCAGCUAACGUGGACAACUUGAUCUUUGCCAGUUUCAUAAUGUUUUCCUUAACACAGGUUCAGGUCCUUGCCACACUCGGUUUUAUGUUGUGUGUCGAUGAUGCUUUCAGUCGCACGCAACAAGUGGGGAAGCCAAAUGUUAUUUUACUACUAACUGAUGAUCAGGAUGUAGUGCUACACGGUAUGUAUCCACUACAAAAGACCACUCAAUGGUUUGCCAAGAUGGGAGUACAGUUCACGAAUGCAUUCACCAACACGCCCAUUUGCUGUCCGUCGCGGGCAAGCCUUUUAACUGGACAGUAUGCGCACAACCACAGGACCUACAACAAUUCGAUCACUGGCGGCUGCAACGGACAUCUCUGGCGUGCAAAAUCCGAGCCGCAUGCCCUACCUGUGCUAUUACAAAACCAUGGCUAUCACACAUUUUUUGCUGGCAAGUACUUAAACCAGUUUAAGGGCGCUGAAGUUCCGCCCGGUUGGGAUGAGUUUUAUGGUCUUCACGGUAAUUCGCGAUACUAUAAUUAUACAAUGCGUGAAAAUCAACAAAAUGUCAGCUAUACGGAUACAUAUUUGACGGACCUGUUAAAGGAUAGAGCAGUAACCUUCAUUCGUAAUAUGGCGAGCAAACAGUAUCAAAAGCCAUUUUUUGCAAUGAUUUCGCCACCAGCCGCUCACGCACCCUUUACACCUGCGCCGCGUCACAAGGGUUUCUUUUCCGAAGUGCACGCAUUGCGCACACCGAACUUUAACGCACCUGAUACGGAUAAACAUUGGUUGGUUGGAUCGGCUCAGAAUUUGUCAGAGGCUACAGUUCGCACAAUUGACGAGUAUUUUCAGAGCCGAUGGGAGACGCUGCUGGCAGUUGAUGAAAUGAUGCAAAACUUGCUGACUGUGCUAAAUGAGACACAGUACCUUGAUAAUACUUACAUUGUCUACACUUCGGAUAAUGGUUACCAUUUGGGUCAAUUUGCACAGCCAUUUGAUAAACGACAGCCCUACGAGACUGACAUCAAAGUGCCCCUACUUAUUUCUGGACCAGAUGUGCCAGCUGGUGGCUCAACUGAUAUUAUUGUCAGCUUGCUGGACCUUGCUCCUACCAUAUUGGAGUGGACAGGAAUGUCGGUGCCCGAUUAUAUUGAUGGCCGUUCUAUUAGGGACCAGCUGUUAUCGGUGCACGACACGAAUCGAAAUCUACAAAAUGUACUGCUUAUUGAAUAUUGGGGCGAGGGAAAUAAUGAAACCUAUAAUCCUGAAUGUCCGGGGCGGCGUUCUGAUCAUUUAGCGCAGUGCACUUUGGAUGCAGAAUGCCAUUGCCAAGAUGCAUGGAAUAAUACAUACAACUGUGUUCGUGAUUUUCGAUAUAACCUCGAUCGAAUUUAUUGUGAGUUUCGGGAUACUGAGAAUUUUGUUGAGGCAUAUGACCUGAUGCAGGAUCCUUAUCAAUUAAGAAAUAUCGCUGACGAAUUGCUUCCUAUUGAAAAGGGUUUAUACGGAAUUUUAAUUCAGAACCUCAAGAAAUGCACUGGAAAAGCGUGCCAUGUUUGACUGUAAAUGUAAAGACAGAUUUCUGGCACGUAAACUAUUUUCCAUAAAGGCGCUUACAGAAUAUGGACUGCGCCCAAAAAUAAAGAUGGUGCAAACAGACAAUAUUAAUUCAAUUUAAUGCAAAACAAUCGUAAAACUUCAACACCACUUCAACCCACAUUGGAAAUUUCAAUUCACUUGCAACGAAUUGAUCCCAAUCAACUUAACAACAACAACUAAAACUACAAAAUUGAUAACAUUUUAAAAUAUAUUGUGAAAUGUGUUAAUUUGAAAAACCAAUUUAGCGUACUUUAAAGCAGGAGCAGCAAAAAGUUUCUUAUGGAUGCAGAAAAAUCAAUACAUAAAUUAGACGAUCCUUAGAAGGACGCAGACUUCAUUCUUCAUGUGCCUUGGUUGUGAUUGCUGGUUUCUGAGCGCUAAAUUAGAUACAUGAGCAAUUUGUAAUAAUUGUUAUUAGCUCAUAAAAACUGUUUUAUUGUAAAAAAAAGAAAAGAAAAGAAAUAAAUAUUUUUCAAUAUGUACAUUAAAAAAAA